AUGAUGAUGAUGAUGAUGAAAUGUACAGCAAUUUGUUCACUAUUACUCCUGCUGACAACCAGCAUCUCUGGGUUCCUCACAUCACCAUCACCAUCACCAUCUUCCAAUCACAAUCUCAUCAUUUUAAGAGACUUUCCCGAUGGUACUGGACCUUCUGAUUACGAUGCCGAAGACAUUCUACCAAAAAAGUCUGUGGUGGUCGAUGACAAGGAAGAAGAUGUCAAAAUCCGAGAUGCCUUGAAACGAGAAUUAUUAUUGUUGGCCAGUGUUACCAAUCGAGGUUUGUUUACCAACAAGGACGAAGCUGGACUAGUCUUGGAUCUAGUCUCUCAAUUGGAAGCCUUGAAUCCUACGGCCAAUCCUGCCUAUCAUUGCGAGGGCGAAUGGGAUUUGUGUUAUUCCAGUACCCAACUCUUUCGAUCCAGUCCGUUUUUUCAAGCCAUUCGCAUGGCGGUCGGCGAUGACAACAAGCAAAUGGCCGAAAAUGGAUUUACCUUGCACGAUCGGGCGACUUCUGGGUCUCGAAUUGGCCGGGUGAAACAAAUUUUGAGUUCCAACGAAUUGAUCAACGAAUUGGAUUUGGAAGUGGGCGUCCUACCCGGAUUGCCCUUCAAAAUCAAGGGAACCGUAGUGACGACCGCCUCCCUCCAAAUUGUGUCCGACCAAAAAAUGGAAUUGCGACUCCAAGGCACCAAAGUAAAGGGAUCCAACAUUCCACUAUUGAAUCAACUCAUGGAGGAAGAAUUGAAUAUGGAAAUUCCAGUGGGAGAAGUCUACAAGACGAUUCGAGGGGACGUUCCAGUGAUUGCCAUGCAGACGUUUUAUGUCGAUGAAAGUAUGCGAAUCACACGAGACGUGGACGAGAACAUUUUUGUCUAUACUCGACCAUAG